AACAAGUGUUCAGUAAGUAAGGAAACAGGUCAAUUGUUACAAAUAAUGACGAUAAUAAAAACCUGAUUCUUUAUUUUCUGAACACUCAAUAUAAUAAUAUUUACAAAAUAACAUAAAGAAUAUAAUAUUUCUUAAACUUUAAACGCCAAUUGAGAACCAUCAAGUUCUUUAGAAUGAAAUAUGGAACAAAUGCACUUUACUUACCCUCGCGAAUUUAAGUUUCAUUUUUCAAAACGUGUGUUUUCUUGAUUGUUCUAAAUUGGCGUUCAAAUUUUAAGAGAAGUUAAAUUCUUCUGUAUUUAGUAUCAAUUUUUCAAUUUAAUAUUUUAGUUGAAUUAAUUUUCAUAUAGAACUGCUAUUAAAUACUUAGAAAUAGAAAAAGCCAACUUAGUGAUAGACCUAAAUGUAGCUUUACAAAAAUCAAAACUCAAACAAGAUAAGAAGCACCGAAAAACGAUAACAAAUUUACAAAAUAGUUUGAUUCAAGAAAUGGACCGACUUAAAAAUCUUAGAAAAGAGAACAUUGAAUUAACUGAUGAAAUUCAAAGAGUUCAAAAAAGGGAAUUUGAUGACUGGUUAAAGAACGAAUUUAAAGCAAGAAAAAAUGCUGAUAAAUCAACAAAACAAAGGCAUAUUUAUGGAGAUAUAAUGGAACAGUUUGCUAGAAAAGUUAGAAGAUACAAUACUGGUUUAAAAAAACAAGAAGCUUUCAGAGAAGAAUUCGAAUCGUUAAUGAAAACUAUUUCGCAAAAAAAACAAGUGUAUAAUAAACUAAUGCGUCGAAUAUGUAAAGAAAAACAAGUUUUCAGAGACGUUGGCGAUCACGCUUUAAGAGCUUUUAAAGACAGACAAAACGCAGCUGAUCGAUUACAAAAGUAUCAGGACACUACAGCGAAGCAAGAAGCAAAACGUGAAGAAAAAAUCUUACUAGCAAAAAAUCAUUUUCAAAAUGAAAUUCAGUUAACUAGUUUUAUACUUCAAAAAUCAAAACAUAUUAAAUCAGUGGAUUGUCAGUUAGAAGCUAACCAUGGCGAAAUUGAUGAGAAAACUAGAAAAAUCAAUGAUAGUAAUUCAAUGUGUCUCGAAUACUUGUCUAACCUCGGUGGCGAUAAAGAUCUUAAGAAUGUAACAGAACAAAUAAAAAAGAUGACAAUGAACAAAGACAGUUUGUUUCAAAUAACGGUCUUUUUCGUCACUCAAAUUGCAUAUUUGGAAAAUAAGAUAAAUAGGCGUCGACAUUUGGCGAAGGAAAGCAAACAUGAAACUGAAGAAUUAGAGAAAAAAAACGAUAAGCAGUUGGAAGAAUGGAUAAAAACUGUACGAUGUAAUGGGAGACGAUUAGAGACUAUUGAAGAAUCUGUAAGAAAAUGGGCGAACUCAUAUCGUUACGUUUGCAGUAGAAUCGAUCAAAUGUGUAAAACGCUCAAUAUAAAUAGAACGCGUUUGGAUCAUCUUUUAGGGCCCAACGACCGGGUAUGCGAGGCUAAUAUAUCGGUAUUCUUUGAGGAAAUGGAAAAAGCUUGUAAUCAAGUGCUUUACAUAGUUAACUGUGCAGAAACUAAUUGCGUAUCAGAAAAGUAUGAAGAAUCACUGUCAUCCGAUGAUGAUUCAAUAUAUGGUCUCAUUUCCAAAGACCAAGAUGGAGUCGAAAUUAAAAAGGGACGAACAAUUGUUAUGGAAGAUCCAAGCUCAGUACCAUUACGAGACAAAUGCUUAAAUCCUGGUUACAUACCGACACCUUGCCCAAUUUGUAUGGAAAAUCGUUUUAUGGAUGACGACGAUUACACGUUAUUGCGUAAUAAUGAAAUGGAAUUUAUGAAGGUUAAAAAUACUUCGAUAAAACAACCUUUAGGCAUUUGUUGUCCACAACUGAUUAAAUAUAGAGAUUUUGACAAUAUAGAUGCUGAAAUAUCUGCCACCAUGCACGAAAGAGUUGAUUGUGUUUUUUCAACGUCUCAACAAUUAUCUGCCAAACGAAUUCGAACAUAAAUGAUUAUCAAUGGUAGUUACAAGAAAAUCAAUCAAUACGUUUUAAUAAAUUAAAUAUACAAUUGAUAUAGAUUGUCAAUAAUUUUUUAAAUAAAAAUUUCCAAUUACUUAUAAAAAUUGAUUAAGCUAUACACAUAUAUUAAAUAUGUCAAGUACAAAGAUGAACAAGUUAAUGUAAAUAAA